AUGGGCAAACAACAGAAUCUCCUCCUUGCCAUUGCCGUUGUGGCUUCCAUCGUCCAUGCCGCCACCUCCCAAACAGAUGCGGCCACGACAGUGUACGACGUCCUGCAGCAGUACAACUUGCCGCGGGGUCUGUUACCGCUUGGCGUGCAGUCAUACGCGCUCCACCCAGGCGGUGCUUUGGAGGUGACCCUCCCCGGCGAGUGCAACUUCUUCGUCACAGUCGCCGGCAAGCAAUUCAAGUUUCGGUAUGACAGAAGCGUCAGCGGGAUCCUCAAGUCUGGUUCCAUCAGCCGUGUCUCCGGCGUGAGGUUGCAGGUGGAGUUCGCGUGGCUCGGGUUCAACCAGGUGAGCCGCGCUGGCAACGAGAUCAAUAUCCAGCUAGAGAAGUCGACUCAGUCGUUCCCAGUCAGCGCCUUCGCCCAGAGCCCCCGCUGCAACUGA